AUGCGUUUCUUGGCAUCCCUCGUCUCCUCCGCCGCUCUCGUGGCCGCCCACGGCUACGUCGAGAAGGGCACCAUCGGCGGCACUCAGUACACCUUCUACCAGCCGUACCAGGACCCUUACACCAGCCCGACCCCCGACAGGAUCUCCCGCGAAGUCCAGGGUAACGGCCCCGUCGAGGACUUGACCAUUGCCGAUAUCCAAUGCGGCGGCUACUCCGCAGGCGGCAUCGUCGGUAGCAAGCCCGCCAAGCUGCACGCCACCGCCGCAGCCGGUUCGACCGUUACGCUUAACUGGACCUUGUGGCCGGACAGCCAUGUUGGGCCCGUCCUCACCUACAUGGCUCGCUGCCCCGACGCUGGGUGCCAGAACUACAUGCCCGGAACCGAUGCCGUCUGGUUCAAGGUCCAGGAGGGUGGCCGUGAAGGAACCUCCAACACCUGGGCUGCUUCUUCCCUGAUGGUAUCCGGCAAUGCUGGCGUCAAGUACACCAUCCCCUCCUGCAUCAAGGCCGGAUACUACCUCGUCCGCCACGAGAUCAUCGCCCUGCACGCGGCCUACUCCUACCCUGGAGCCCAGUUCUACCCCGGCUGCCACCAGCUCCAGGUCACCGGCGGCGGCAGCACCACCCCCGGCAACCUCGUCUCCUUCCCCGGAGCCUACAAGAGCACCGACCCGGGUAUCACCUACGACUCCUACAAGGCUUCCACUUACACCAUCCCCGGACCUGCCCUGUUCAAGUGCUAG